AAUUUGUUUUUGUUUAUGUGAUAUAAGUGACAUGAAAUAAUACCUGUCAGGUUAUUCAAUAUGAUAGAAAUAGUUUUGAUUGUGACCGCCUUGGCGGUUCUAAUGUACUAUCUGGGAUUUAAACCCAUGCAGUAUUGGAAGGAUCGAGGAAUAAAACAGGGUAAAACCGCCUGGUUUUUUGGAGAUAACCUCGGUACGACAUUAAAAACGGAAAGUUUCGCUGAUAUGGUACUCAAAGUAUAUAACGCAGUACCAGGAGUACGAUAUUCUGGAGCAUACCAAUUUACUAUACCCACCCUCGUUAUAAAAGACCUAGAAUUGAUCAAGCAGAUCGGUGUCAAAGACUUUGAUCACUUUACCGACCACAGAUCAAUUAUAUCUGAAGAAGCUGAUCCACUGUGGGCAAAAAAUCUGUUUGCUUUAACAGGACAAAAAUGGCGGGACAUGAGGCCAAUUCUAAGCCCAUCUUUUACCAGCAGCAAAAUGAGAGCCAUGUUCGUUUUGAUAUCCGAAACUGCACAAGCUUUUACCAAACACUUUUUAGAACUCGAUCAAGAUGUUAUAGAGAUCGAAAUGAAAGACACAUUUACGCGUUUUACCAACGACGUUAUUGCUACGACUGCUUUUGGUAUUAAAAUUGAUUCAAUGAAGAAUAAAGAAAACGAAUUUUUCGUUAUGGGUAAAGAUAUCACCAGCUUCAGUGGAUUUUGGAAAAAUCUUAAGUUCCUGGGGAUAAUAUUCUUUCCAAGAUUCUUUACAUUUAUAAAAGUUGGCAUGUUCACUGGGCGUGUCAGAAAGUUUUUCACUGAUCUUAUCGAUGACACAAUUAAAGUCAGAGAAGAAAAGGGAAUAGUACGUCCAGAUAUGAUUCACCUUUUAAUGGAAGCAAGAAAAGGAGUUCAUCAACAAGAAGAAAAAGUAAUAGAUACAGGAUUUGCGGUUGUUGAAGAGUCAGAUUUAGGUAAAGGAGUCGUUAAAGAGGUGACCAACGUGGACAUUGCUGCUCAGGCAAUGAUUUUCUUCUUCGCUGGCUUUGAUUCGGUGUCUUCGUUAAUGUGUUUCAUAUCCUAUGAAUUGGCAAUUAAUCCUGACAUUCAGAACAGACUUAGAACAGAAAUAGAGGACACACUAGAGCAGUAUAAUGGCAAUGUGCCAUAUGAAGCGAUAUUAAAGAUGAAAUAUUUAGAUAUGGUGGUUUCAGAGGGUCUUCGAAAAUGGCCGACAGGUGUAGCUAUAGACAGAAUUUGCACCAAACCCUACACGAUCGAACCUACCACACCAGAUGAGAAACCUGUCUACCUGGAGAAAGACACGACAGUAUGGUUCCCAAUAUUUGCUAUACACCGUGAUCCUAAUUACUAUCCAGACCCUGAGAAGUUUGACCCUGAAAGAUUUAGCGAUGAAAAUAAAGACAAGAUUCAACCUUACUCUUACAUUCCUUUCGGAGUUGGCCCUAGGAACUGUAUCGGAUCUAGAUUUGCACUUUUGGAGACUAAAGUCGUGUUCUUUCACUUAUUGUCCAACUAUAAGCUGGAGCCUUCGGCGAAAACAAAGAUACCGCUAAAAAUUUGUAAGAAGCAGUUUAAUUUAGCUGCCGAAGGGGGCUUUUGGUUCAAUCUCAAACGUAUCAGAAAAUAAACUGAAAUUGAAGUGACAUGUAUAUAAAAGGCAUUUAUAAAUAAUCUGAUUUAAUAUUAUUAUGUAUUGAUAUUGGAUAUCUAGUCCAUAUAUAUUUAAUAGAAAAAUGGUAAUAUAUAAGAAUAAUAUUUACCUUUAAUAGUUAAAGAUUAUGUAGUGUUAUGCUAUAUUGACGUUUAUUUUAUUAAUAAAUAUAUUUUCACAAUU